AUGGUCAAUGAGAGUUCAACUCAGGAGUUUAAAAUGGAGAGAGGUUUACGUGAGGGUGAUUGUUUAUCUCCGCUGCUUUUCAUUAUUGCGGCGGAAGGAUUAGCGGGUCUGAUGAAAAAUGCCAUUUCCGUUUCGGCUUUUCGUCCUUUCAAGCUUACACAUGACCUUCAGUUUAGCCCGCUUCAGCUUGCGGAUGAUACAUUAAUUUUAGGGGAUGUAAACUGGGAUAAUAUUUUGGCUAUCAAAGUUCUGCUUCGGGGAUUCAAACUAGUCUCUAGUUUGAAAGUGAAUUUCUCUAAGAGCAAUAUUAUUGGAGUGAACUUGGAGGAUAGUUUUUUUGGAUUUAGCUUCAACUUUUUUUCUUGUCCUAUAGCCCAUAUUCCUUUUAUCUUUUUGGGGAUUCCCAUUGGUGCUAAUCAGCAUAGAAAAGGGACUUGUAAUCCAAUUUUGGCGAAGCUUAGGAGUAAGACCUCUUUGUGGAGAGGAAAACAUGUCUCUUUUGGCACUCACUUGGUGUUGAUUAAUGCGGAUCUUAAUUCUAUUCCGCUAUUUUUCUUCUCUUUUUAUAGAGCGCCGAAAAUUGUGUUGCACGAAAUUACAAAUAUUUAA